CCCACAAUGCAACGCGCCGGAAACGCGUACGGCAGCUGGUGACCGUUGACAACCGGCUGCAAGAUGAGGUGAAGCUGUUGGGCUACCCCGAGAAGGAGCCAUGCACCACCAAGCCGUUCAUCCCGCGGCACCGUCAGGUCACUGUUCCAUGUAAGAAAAAUUACAGACUACAAAUAUGGGAAAGAAACGCAUCAAAGGCAAACCUGCACAGUCUGAUGAGUCUCCAGAUACGCUGGAACCUGUGUGCAAGCAUAUUCGUAAAGGAUUAGAACAAGGUCAUCUGAAAAAGGCACUGCUGAAUGUGGAAUGGCAUGUUUGUCAGGACUGCAAGGCAGAUAAUAAGACACAAGAGAAGUCUGAAGAGGAGACCAGUGAAAGCCCUUCAAUAUGGUUAUGUCUAAAAUGUGGCCAUAUGGGCUGUGGCAGAAAUUCUCAAGAACAGCAUGCUUUAAAGCAUUAUGAAACGCCAAGAUCAGAUCCCCAUUGUUUGGUUCUCAGUUUGGACAACUGGAGUGUGUGGUGCUACAUAUGUGAUAAUGAAGUUCCAUAUAGUACUUCAAGCCGAUUGGGCCAGACUGUGGAUUAUAUUAGAAAACAAGUUUGCACUGGCUCAUCACAUACAGUAGAAAAGCAACAAGAGAACAAAGAAUUUGAAAAUAAAAAAGUAGAAAAGGACAGCAAAAAUGAGCAAGAAAAAGAAGUCUCACUUAAAGAAGAGAAUUCUAACUCAAGUACUAACUCGGAAGUGACUGUGAAGGGACUUAGUAACUUGGGGAAUACAUGUUUCUUUAAUGCAGUGAUGCAGAAUUUAUCACAAACUCCAGUCCUGAGGGAGCUCCUUAAAGAAGCUAAAAUGUCUGGCACAACAGUUAAAAUUGAGUCACCUGAGUUAUCCAUGGAACCUCAGCUGAUAAAACUCGAUCAGCCAGGUCCUUUGACAUUAGCCAUGUAUCAGUUCCUGACAGAAAUGCAAGAAACAAAAAGAGGGGUCGUCACUCCUAAGGAACUUUUUGCUCAGGUUUGUAAAAAAGCAAUACGAUUUAAAGGUUAUCAGCAGCAAGACAGUCAUGAGUUGCUUCGUUACUUACUUGAUGGAAUGAGAUCAGAAGAAAUGCAACAAAUAAGUGUUGGAAUACUGAAAGCACUGACUGACUCUAAAAAACAAAAUGAAGAAGAAAUGAAAAAGAAAAUUAAAGAUUAUGAAAAGAAAAAGGGAAUACAGAGUUUUGUGGAUCGGAUUUUUGGUGGAGAAUUAACCAGUACAAUUAUGUGUGAGGAAUGCAGAACCGUAUCCUUGGUCCAUGAGUCUUUUCUUGAUUUGUCACUUCCUGUACUAGAUGAUCAGAAAGUAAAAAAUACAAAUGAGAGAAACAUUAAGAAAAACAAAGAAAAGGAAUCUGAAGAUGAAGAGAACAAAAAUGAUGACUGUUACCUUAAGCAGAGAGAUGAGCCCCCUGGUACAAGUAAGCACCUUCAGAAAAAAGUAAAGAAACAGGCCAGAAAACAAGCCAAGAGCCAACGCCGUCAACAAAAACUUCAAGGAAAGGUGCUUCACUUGACAGGUAUCUGUGCAACUGAACAGCCAGAAAAAGAUGUUGAAUACAACCAAGAAUCAGAGGCAGAAAUUGACUCUGAAAUGCCUGAUACGAAGCAAGAAGACAAGUCAUCAAAUGAUUGCAAAGAUUGCUGCUUAACUCAAAAAGACUUGAGUAUUCAGGGAAAUAGUGUAGAAGUUCAGAGCAUGCAUGAAAAUACAGGAAAGCCAGAACAGGAGUGUGAAGAAAAGGAGUCUCUCAGGGACCUCCCUAUGGAAGGCUUAGAUUGUCCUGGAGAGUUAGUCAAUGGACUUGACAAUAUAUCUUUGAAAGAUGAAGAUGAUGAAAAUAAUGAGGAAGAACUUGCUUCUGACUUUACAAAACUACAUUUGGGUGCCAAUACUGAAUCUGAUAUGAGUACCUUAGAUGACCUACAGUCUGUUCCCAUCAAGACAUGUGAAGUAUUGACUGAAGAUCCAGAAACAGCAUUUUGUACUCUUGCAAAUAGGGAAGAUCUGAACCUGGAAGAAGGUUCAAUCCAUCACUGUUUGUAUCAGUUUACCCGUAAUGAAAAACUUACUGAGACCAAUAAACUACUGUGUGAUGUAUGUACACAAAGACAUGGACCAAAGAAGAACAUAAAAAGUGAAAAAUAUAUUUAUACUAAUGCCAAAAAGCAGAUGCUAAUCUCUCUUGCUCCUCCAGUUUUAACUCUUCACUUAAAAAGGUUUCAACAGGCUGGAUUUAAUCUCCGGAAGGUUAACAGGCAUAUCAAGUUUCCAGAAGUGAUAGACUUGGCUCCUUUCUGUACAGCUAAAUGUAAAAAUGUGGCCGAAGGGAAUACAAAAGUAUUGUACUCUCUCUAUGGAGUUGUUGAGCACAGUGGAACAAUGAGGUCUGGGCACUAUACUGCAUAUGCUAAAAUGCGAAGUAUGAACAACCAUCUCUCUGAUCUUGUCCUUCGAGGGCAAUCUCCUCAAGCUUUAGAAACUGAACCAGUAAAAGGGCAGUGGUUCCACAUCAGUGACACCCACGUACAAGCUGUGUCUGUGUCAAAAGUGCUGAGCUCUCAAGCCUAUCUUCUCUUUUAUGAGCGACUCCUUUAACUCAUCUGAGAAACCUUCUUAUAGGUGUUGAGAGGUGGUUAUCUUCAGGUGGUCUGAAAGAAGCAAGACUUGCAAAUCAUGGUCUUAACAUGUUGUAGCUACUGUAUACAACUGAAGGAAUAUACUUUAUGCUUCUUAGACAUGCUGACAAGUGGUUAACUUAUACUUUUCCCAGUGUUUUCACUGCUUUUAAAUAAAGGCCUUUUACAAAAUUACAA